AUGAAAAUUGCUUUGAUCCCUAUGACCAGUUCUGGUCGCAUAAAUAUCUGCCUUACAUUGGCCCAUAAGCUGGCAAAAUUUAAUCAUGAAUGUGUCCUGAUAUUGCCUAGUAAUUGGGCUCAGAUGGUCAAAUCAGCAGGAUUUAACGCAGAAACAUUUGACCAAGAGGAGGAAAACCAAGGAGAUGUUAGAAAGUCAAGUUCAUCAUUCGUUACACAACAAGCUGCUAUUUUCAAGCUACCAGCAGUUCAGCAAUUUCCACUAGUUGGUGCCUUUGGAUUCAAGAGUUGUGCUGAUACAGUUGAAAAAAAUAAUGAGCAAUAUGCCGAAGCAAUUAAACGAGUUCAGCCAGAUUUGAUUAUAUUUGACUACUGGACAACUGUUCCUGCUAUAGUUCAUUCUGGUGUACCAUACGUUUUAUUAUUCUCAUGCAGUCCUUUGAUGGUUUAUUGGCAAUACAAUGCUCCUCCAUUUUCAAGUGGACUUGCUAAAGGUGAUGAUGUCAAAUUGAUAAAUGAGACUCGAGAAAUUUUUAGUAAAGCUAUCGAGCCAGUCAGGAAUAAGUUUGAUGAAUACUUGAAAAGUAAAGGCAUAGUAAUUGAGAAUCGUCUGGACUUUUCACUUGUCGGCCAAUCACCUUAUUUAAACAUCUAUCCAUAUCCAAGUGACUUGGAUUACCAAGAGUUUGGACCAGUUCCAGAUAAAUGGUUUCGUCUUGAUCACAUGGUAAGGGAAGUUGAUGACAGUCCAUUAGGUAUACCAGAUGAAUCUUGGUUAAAUCCUUCAAGUAAUGGCGACCAAAAGUUGAUACUCUUCUCUCUCGGAUCAAUGGUAACUGCAUAUGUAGAUCUAAUGAAACGUCUUAUUUCCAUUCUGGCUUCAUCACCUCACCGUUUUAUAGUAAGCAAGGGUGUUAAUCAUGAAUCCAUUGAUUUGCCAAGUAAUAUGGUGGGAGGUAAAUAUUUAAACCAGAUGAAAAUUAUACCUAAAGUUGAUUUAGUGAUACAUCAUGGAGGGAAUAGUACAUUUGUAGAGACUCUUUAUUUUGGUAAACCUUGCAUUAUCUUACCAGUUUGUGGUGAUCAAUUUGAUAAUGGACGUCGUGUUGUUGACAUGGAGAUUGGCGCUUCAUUCAAUCCUUUUGAAGUCACGGAAGAAGAACUGUUAAAAGCUAUUGAUAAUAUAGUAAACUGUCCAAAGAUCAACGAAAAGGUUCAAAAGAUUGGACAUAAUUUACGGAAUACUCCUAGUUUUGUUCAAUUAAAUGAGAAACUAGAACAAAUUGUUGCCAAUCAAAAAUGA